AUGUUCGCCGAUACUUUUGCGAAUUUUGCCUUUGGCAAACAAGCUGGCACGACAAGACAGCACAAUAUGGAAGCACCUUUAUUUACGGACUACGCCUUACAGCCGUUUCGCGAUACAUAUGAGCAUGAUCCAGCCUUCAAGCCCAACGAACCUCUGGAAAAGUGCACUAGAACUAGAUGCUUCACACGAAGAGGCGGUAUAGCCGAUCGCGGAGAAGGCAGCUAUUCUACAGCGCCUAUCAAACGACGAAAAGCAAGCGAUGGCGAGACUGAUGGCUUAAUUUAUCAGAGCGAUGCCAUCCACGAGGAGCACGAAAGCAAGGAUUCCACGAGCCCUCCCUCACCACCACUGUCCCCCAAAACGAUAGUGUUACCAAGAAUGCGAACAAGGCAGCGAGGAGAGCGCAAACGCAACGGCCACUCACAUGCUUCAUCGAAGCGCCGGCCGAGCUGGAAACCGAACCUCAAGAACGAGUUCGUACGACGUGGCUCCAUCGAUGCCAUUAUGGCGCUCUUCAACGAGCAAGUCUGGUAUGACUCAGACAUGAAUACAUGCUUCAUAGCAGGGAGAAGAAGAAGCAGUGUACCGGCUACCGAAGGCAAGACAGAAUUUGGAUUCACCAACACGGAUAGAACGAACCAACGUCGGCCCUCAACACUACUACACCCUUCAUCGCCCACUCUCGGACCCACAGCAAACUACACAUGCUACCAACCAACCCCACUCUCUAGUCCACCGCAUAAACAAACCCCGUCAACGGCAUCACCUACAAGGCCAACUAUGCCCGCGAGAAGAGGCUCAUCACUCCUCCACCCAUCCCGUCCUUCCAGCGAAAUCCUCCUAGAGUCCCCAUUGAAAACCAUCAUAAAGCUACCUCCGACACCGCACAGUAAAUCGCAACCCAGAACCCCAACCACCCGUCACGCAUCACCAUCCGCAUCACCGAAACAACGACGCCUACAAAAAAGUACAGAGUUUGUGUUCAAAGUACCAGAAUAUUCUCUCGAUGCUUCGUCAUGCGAUGUCUCUGGCUCCGCGAGCAAAUACCGCAAGGGAUCGGUCAUACAUUCUUGCCUAUCGGAGUCGGAGAGUGAUGACGAGGAGUUGGAUGAACUGCCACCGCUGUAUAUGGGGAGGUUUAAGUGA